CACCCGGAGCAGGUACCACAACGGCCACUGUUCUUCGCCAUGGUCCUGCUACGACUGACCGUCUGCUGCCUGCUACUGGGCGCGGCCCUGGCAAAGCCGCAAACCAAGGCGGCAGAGCCGGUCCCGCUCUCGGACAAAGAGCCGAGAGCCACCUACGUGCUGCAGCCCGGCCAGUACUUCUUCACAUCGCCCAACUAUCCCAACAACUAUGGUAACGACUUCCGGAGGAGGUGGGUGAUCCGGGGCUCUGACGGCCAGGAUGUCACCGUCCAGUGUGACCCUGUCGACAUUGAGUUCCACUCCUCGUGUAGGUACGACUUCUUGAGGGUCAACGGCGUGAAGUACUGCGGCACCAGCCCGGUGCCUGCCACCAGUGCCGCCGAGUUCAGGGUGGUCUUCAAGACCGACUCUAGCGUGACGGCGUCCGGGUUCUACUGUCUGGUGACGGUGCCGGAGCCAGGCAGCACCAGCGGCACCACGGCGGGCACCACGGCGGGCACCACGUCCGGCACCACCCAGGCACCUGGCGACAGCUGCUGCGGCGUCGCCAACAGGGUCACCCGCAUCGUUGGUGGCGAGGCGACCGAAGUAAACGAGUACCCGUGGCAGGUGGGACUGGUCAACACCGGCAACAACCGUCCCUGGUGCGGUGGCACCGUCAUCAACAACCAGUGGGUGAUGACGGCCGCCCACUGCACUGCCGGCGAGUCGGCCGGCAACCUCCAGGUUCUGCUGCGCAAGCACAACAUCGGUUCCGACUCCAACCAGAUCCGGAUGAGCGUUUCUCAGAUCGUCGACCACCCGUCCUACAACUCCCGCACCCUGUCGCACGACUUCUCGCUUCUGAAGCUCUCGCAAACCAUUGACUUCAGCUCUCUCAGCAACCAAGUGGCACCGGCGUGUCUGCCGUCCGGUGGCGACUUCGUCGACGUUGAUGCCAUCGUCAGCGGCUGGGGCACCCUGUCCUCCGGUGGCUCGCGACCCAGCGUGCUGCAAGACGUCACCGUGCAGACCAUGUCCAAUGCCGAGUGUACCUCGGACCUCGGCCAGGGCCAGAUCGACUCCAGCAUGAUCUGCGCCGACGUGGACGCCGGCGGCAAGGACUCCUGCCAGGGCGACAGCGGCGGCCCGCUGGUGACCGACGUCAGCGGACGCUACACGCUCAUCGGCGUGGUCUCGUGGGGCUACGGCUGCGCCGAUCAGGGCUCUCCGGGCGUCUACUCUCGCAUCACCGCCGUCUCCAGCUGGAUAUCCCAGACCACGGCCGGCGCCAGUCUCUGCUGAGCUUCGACCACGGCCGGCGCCAGUCUCUGCUGAGUCCUGACCACGGCCCAGGCCAGUCUCUGCGGAGCCUUUGCCAGAGAGUCACAUAGCCUGCUAGCCAGGCGAUGAUGGGAUCUCUAGCCUGAUGACUAAAAACAACGGGUUACAUCUUUG